GAGAUCCGUGGAUAUCUGUCGAAAAGUGUAUCCAUCCGACGUGGUGACGUGAUGAGCGCAUGGUCAGGAUUGCGACCACUUGUACGUGACCCAAACAAGAAGGACACGAAAAGCAUAGCUAGAAAUCAUAUUAUAGAAGUAAGAACAACCAUCCGUGGAGAUGGCAAGGAGUUCCGUAUUUAUAGG